UCGAUUGUUUGUGUUUUCUGUCUGCUCGGCGUCCUCCUCGUCUAACGGGGCUCUCAUAUGACGGAGAAAAUGGAGACUGCAUUGCUGGCCAAUGUGAAAAAGCUAUACGAUCACCAACUAUACGAGUGUGUCAUCCCAGCUGCCAGCCUGCUGAGUACUCUGCUGCAGAAUGAUCGCACUUUGGCCACCCUAGAGAUGGAGUACCAGGUAAUGCUCUAUAUGAGCAGCGCAAACUACAAGGAGCGCCACUAUCGUCUCGCCUGCAAGCAACUGGAAGCCGUCGUCCUUAUGCACAAAACAAUGGUGCGUUUCAAGGCCACCUACUUGGCGGCCCUCGAGAGCACCUACAGGGAGUUCGCGGAUGUCGAGCUGCGCUACAGAGUUGCCGUCUGCUAUCGGGAGAUGGGUGAACCGAAUAUUGCCAUCAGCACACUGCAGGCGGUGCCAGCCAAAUCCCGCACACCUAAACUGAACAUGAUGCUGGCUCGGCUGCUCCAUCACGGGUGUGGCACCAACAAAAACGAGGCGGCGCUCGUCUAUAAGGAGGUGCUGCGCGACUGCCCGAUGUCCAUGAAGUCAAUUGAGGCGCUCCUGGAGCUGGGCAUCGAUGGCAACGAAGUAAACUCGCUGGUGGUCAAUGCCGCCAGCUCGCCAAAGAACAUUGAAUGGCUGAGCAUGUGGAUUAAAGGACAUGCCCAGAUGUACGGCCGUAAGCAUUUGGAGGCGGCCAAAACAUUCCAGCAGCUGAACGACACCACCAACUUCCAUCAGAACGAGCAUCUGCUCACCCACAUUGGCAAAUGUUUGUAUUAUUAUGGGAAUUUCACACAAGCGGAGCAUUAUUUGGGCAUGGUGGCGAUGAUAAAUCCUUACAACAUGGACGCCUUGUGCCCUCUAGCCGUUGUCUAUGCGUUCAACAUACAGAAGAAGCCGGAGCAUGAAAAACUCGUCACCCAAAUGACAACCACCGGUGAUUUUAGCUCUGAACAUUGGUUCAUACUCGCCCAGAAGCUCUAUAUGAACGCCAAGUUCGAUCGGGCGUUGUCCUUUACGGAGCGUGCGCUCUCAUUGAAUCCCCGGAACAUUGAGGCGUUGCUGUUGCGUGGCAAGCUCUUUCUGGUCGUUGCGCGUCACAAUGAAGCGAUCAGCGCCUUUCGCAGCGCCCAGUGCUUUGCCUCCUACCGCUUCGAGGUCUACAAAGGACUCUUCCACUGUUAUGUUAAUCUGAAGCGCAUCAAAGAUGCUCAGAAUAUGUGUGCCCUGGCCGUACGCUAUUUUCGGACAUCGCCGCGCAGCUACACGAUGUUUGGACGCACACUCUUCCAUUCGACGAAUCCGACAGCCAAGAAGAAUGCCAAAAAAUUUGUUGAGAAAUCCCUAGAAAUAGACGAGCAUUAUACACCUGGAGUAGCACUGAUGGUUGAGAUUUGCCAAUUCGAGGGCGCCACACAGGAGGCGAUUGUAUUGCUGAAGAAGCAGGUAUCGGGAUUUCCACAUCCAAAGCUAUUCACCAUGUUGGGAGAUCUGUUGAGCGCCGAGAAAGAACUGAGCAGUGCCCUCCACUAUUAUACGCUAGCACUGGGCUUGGAACCCACUUGCCAGCGUGCUUUGGAAGGUGUAAAUGCUUUGGGACAGGCAGCACGCACGGCCAGCAGCACGAGUAAACCAAGUGAGCAGAGUGGGAGUGGGAGCGGGGUCGCGAGUGGAGAAGGCAGCAGCAGCAGUAACAGCAACAGCACAGGAGCUGGUGGGAGUUGCAGUAAUGCGGCGACAAUGGCCACGCCUUGUGGCACACCAAACCAUGAGUGGCUGUUGGACUGUGAGGAGACAUCGAACGAUGCUUUGGAAAUGUCCUCCUCGCCAGCCGUGCCGCAGGACGACGCCGAAUCGGAAACGUUCUCGGAACCUUUCUGGCAGGAUGUCGAUGGCGAAAUAACAAACUAAUUUGUCGUUCGUUUGCUAUUCUGAAAUGGUGCUCGACCCCCAGACUCUGCCAGCUUGCCAGCAUGGCUGCUCUGAUAUUCCUGCAAUCCCCAUUCAUCUCACAUUCCAUUCUGUAUUUAUUCCAUCGCUGGAAGUUCGUGUCAGUCAAACGAAACAAAAGCCCACCCCAUGUUGUCAUGUUAAAUCAUAUUGUAUGUAUGUAUGUAUUUAGUUGUAGGCAUAUUUUUCCUUAACUUGUGUAGUUCGAAUGAACUGUUUUGAUAGUAUUAUUUUAAAAUGUAA